AUGUUUAUUGAUACUAAGGAUAGUUCCAAAAUACUCGAUUUAAAACCUUUAUUAGAUGCAAUAAAUACGGUAGCUAUAUCAUCAUCAGAGUCUGAGCGUGUGUUCAGCUCUAUGAAUAACAUUGUUACUUCAAAAAGAAAUGCAUUGUCAACUACAAACAUGUCAUCGUUAUUAUAUAUACACUGUAUUGGUCCUCCUGUUAAUUUAUUUGAACCAAACUGUUAUGUUACAUCUUGGAUACGCAGUGGUAAUAGAUCAGCUGACGAAGUAUGUUGUCCAAAAAGAAAUGUAAACGAUGAAGAACAUACUUAUCAAAAUAUGUGGUCUCUUUUUAAUAAAAAACAAUAA